AUGACCAUGGAUGGCUUUGACGAGGAAACAUUCAAACAAUUCUUCCCGACCAGCUUCGGGAAGCAAACACGAACUACCAAUAUAAACGCGCAGAUUGACCGCACCAAGCGGUCGGAAGUCUCUGUCAAGCCCGAUGGCGAUGAUACUAAGAAAGAGUUAACUGACAGCGCAGGCGCUGAUACUCGAGGAGAAUUCGAGACAAGGCCCGAAGAGCAGGAGGCCCGUGAUGACGAUGACGAUGAUUCCGACGAUAAUGACUCGGAUGAAGACGACGAGGACGAGUUUCCGAUUUCGCAUGAGCUUCUUAUCAAAACACACGAACGCGCCGUGACAACCAUGACCGUAGACCCGUCGGGGUCACGAUUGAUUACCGGGUCUAAUGAUUGUUCGAUUAAGUUACAUGAUUUUGCCUCUAUGACGCCGACGACCAUACGCGCAUUCAAGUCUGUCGACCCGUCCGUGAAGAAGCAGUCCGCCGCGCAGGAAACACAUGCCGUUCACUACGCAGCGUUUAAUCCCAUCACCCCGAGUCAUGUCAUGGUUGUGCCCGCGACGCCGCAGCCGCGAAUCCUGGAUCGAGAUGGCGAGACACUCGUCGAGUUUGUCAAGGGAGAUAUGUACCUGAGGGAUCUUCACAAUACAAAGGGUCAUAUAUCGGAGGUGACUAGUGGAGCUUGGAAUCCGACAGAUUACAAUCUCUGUGUUACUGCUGGGACUGACAGCACGGUACGCAUAUGGGAUGCCAACGUUGGGCGAUCACAGAAGGAAGUUAUCGUGCAUAAGUCGAGGGUGGCGGGUUCUGCUGGUCGAAGCAAAAUGACUGCUGUCGCAUGGGGCUCCCCGAAGCAAGGUGGAAGCAAUAUCCUUGUCGCUGCGGCUCUUGAUGGGAGCUUGUUGAUGUGGGGUGGCAAUGGGCCAUUUAAUAGACCCAGUGGGGAAAUUAGGGAUGCGCACACUCGGGAUACAUGGACCAGCGGGUUGGAUGUCAGCUCAGAUGGGCGACUUGUGAUCUCCAAGGGCGGCGAUGAUACCAUCAAGCUCUGGGAUACCAGGAAGUUCAAGCAACCGGUCACUACCGCCCAUCACCCAUCCAGCUCUACCCGCUACCCAACAUCGAACAUCAUCUUCUCCCCUACGUCCGCAAAUGUACUCACAGGCUCCGAAACGGGCCACCUACACAUUCUAAACCCAGCAACUCUAAAACCGGAGCUCGUCACCCCAGUCACUCCAGGCUCACCCUUAAUCACCGUCCUCUGGCACGAAAAACUCAACCAAAUCCUCACUGGCUCCGCCAACGCCGAAACCCACGUCCUCUACAACCCCAAAACCUCCACAAAGGGCGCCGCAAUGGUCAUGUCCAAAGCCCCCAAACGCCGGCAUGUCGAUGACGACCCCAAUCUCACCAUGGACCUUUCCCAGGGUCUCUCUGGCGAAAACGUUGUCGUCGGAUCCAACGGAAUCCCGCAUUACAGUUCUUCGACUUGGUCCGCUCGACACCCUACUAUCGGUCUUACUGCAUCGGGAAGACCGAAGGAUCCCCGACGGCCGCAUUUACCCCUGCAGACGCCGUUUGCCAAGUCGCAGCCUGAUGAGAGGCAUAUCCGGGAGAAUAUCCCGCUUAGCUCGAUGCGGGAUGAGGAUCCAAGAGAGGCGUUGUUGAAGUAUGCGGAGAAGGCUGAGAAGGAUCCGAUUUUCACGAAGGCGUGGAAGGAGACCCAGCCGAAGACGAUUUAUCGGGAGGUUAGUGAUGAUGAGGAGGAGCAGCAGCCUGAUAAGAAGAAGGCUAGGCGGUGA